AUGUCUAACCCCGUCAACGGCCCAGACAUGGAAGGCCGCCGCCCCCCCUGGGGCCCCCAAGGCAUGCCCCUCCCGCGCUGGGGCGAGCCCUACAUCCCGCACGCCGGCUACGGCGCCCCAUCCCCGGCACCCUACGGAACGUACUACUAUCCCGCCACCACAACAUCCUACCAGCCCUACCCGGGCUCAACCGCCUACGCCUGGCCCGGCGCCGGCAUGCAGCAACAAGGAAGCCAUUACCCAGGAACAUACCCCCUCCAACCAGGCGGCCAAGCAACCUUUACCCCGCGCACAGCAACCGCCCUCCCGACCCUCGACCCACGCAACCCAGCAGCGCACCUCUCCAACUCGACAGGCGGAACGGGCUGCGAACCAGGCUACAACUACUUCUUCCCCGCCGCCCACACAAAAAUCCACGUCUUCCGGACGAGCACGCCGCCGUGGCAGCUGCCCCUCAACGCGCGGAUCCAGUUCUCCGCCUUUCACGUCCCCGUGAACACGACGCUCGCGGAGGUGUUGAAGGGGUUCGGGGCGACGAACCCGAACCCGAAGAAGAAUAAGUGCUUCGAGAUCGUGCAGGCCGGGAAUGGACGGUGGUAUAAGGGGUUGUGUUUCUCGGGGGACGAUAAGGAGAUGAUGAAGAAGAGUGUGAAGGAGGUUGGGUGGGACGGGGAACGGAGUGGGAUGCCGGGGGGGAAGCCUGUUGUUUGUGUUUGGCUUGUUAAGGAUUGA